CCAAGUAAAAAUCCACAGGGAAAACUUUAUGACACAAGGAAUGGCAAGACAGCAAUGAACUGACAAAGUGGCAGUUGCACAGAGAAUAAUGACACUGAUCCAUCCAUUUCUCUCCAAGUCAACCCAGACAUCCCUUUCCCCAGCAAAAUUUUUUCCAGCUCUUCCUGAGAGAUUCCGAGGCCAGAUGAGAUAUAUAAUCCUUCCAGAAAACUGUCUGCAAUACUGCCAAUGCUGCAUCAAUCCACCUGUCAAUCUUGUGGUCCAUUCUACCCUCAUUUGUGAACCAGACUCUAAGAUACUUGAACUCUUUCACUUGGGCCAGAGACACCCUCCCCACCUGGAGGGACCAAUCCACUGUUUUCUAGCAGAGAGCCAUGGCAUGUGACUUGGAGGUGUUGACCCACAUGCCGACCGCUUCACACUCAGCCACAAACCAUUCCAGUGCCUGCUGGAAGUCCCUGGCUGAAGAAGCCUGCAGAACCUCUGUAAAAAGUAGAGACAGAAUUCUGAGGUUACCCAACUGAAAACCCUUUUCCCUCUGCUGCACCUCGUUAUCCUGUCCAUGAAGAUUUCAAACAGAAAUUUGUUUGCAGCCAUGGCGGAGGCCAACAUACACUGGAAGAGGAUGACUGACCAGAGAGGAAGCAACUUGCUUGAGAGUACUCUUUCAACUGAAGACACAAAAUCUGUGACUGGACGUGACUUCAGUUGCUGCUGACCUCCAUCAGUGCUGCUGUUGUUUUUUGCAGCAGGGGGUGCUCUGCUAUGAAACGAUGUGAAGACUCAGAGGAGGGUGCCCCUCCCUUUAAAAUUUCUCGAUGUGAAGAACAUGAGGCUCUGGGGAAUAAUGAGCAGAGAUCAGACUCUCCUGGACCCAGCAGUGUCAUCAUGAACAGUGGCCAGUCUAAGGAACUCUCUGUUGACUUAAAAGAUGAAUAUCCUGCUGAUGGAAGAGUUCAGCAGGAGGACUCAGAGGUACACAUUGACCAGUCAGACAAACAGCGUCAAACAGACCUGGACUCCACAUUUAAGCCUCUGAAGGAGAACAUUUUCACAUUUGUGAGGAGCGAGCUGAAGAGACUCCAGAAGGUUCUGAGCCCAAAUUACCCACUAUUCCUAGAGAGCCACCAUGAGAAUAAAAAAGUUUUGGCUGGUGAGGAUGAAAAGCAGAGGAGAUGCAGUAGAGAUGCUGUUCUGAAGAUCACUCUGCACUUCCUGAGGAGAAUGAAGAGGGAGGAGCUAGCUGACCGUCUGCAGAGCAGAACUUUUGCUGCGUUGUGCCAACAUAGACUGAAAUCUAACCUGAAGAAGAUGUACCAACGUGUUUUUGAGGGGACCACUAAAGCAGGAAAUCAAAAUCUUUUAAGUCAGAUUUACACAGAGCUCUACAUUACUGAGGCAGGGACUGGAGAAGUCAGUGAUGGACACGAGGUCAGACGGAUCGAAACAACAUCCAGGAAACUACACAGACCAGAUAAGACAAUCAGUUGUGAAGACAUCUUUAAAACCUUACCUGGAAGAGAUGAACCAAUCAGAACAGUGAUGACAAAGGGUGAGGCUGGCAUUGGGAAAACAGUCUUAACACAGAAGUUCACUCUGGACUGGGCUGAAGAUGAAGCCAACCAGGACAUCCAGUUCACAUUUCCAUUCAUGUUCAGAGAGCUCAAUGUGUUGAAAGAGAAUAAGUUUAGCUUGGUGGAACUUGUUCAUCGCUUCUUCACUGAAACCAAAGAAUCAGGAAUCUGCAGGUUUGAAGAGUUCCAGGUUUUGUUCAUCUUUGAUGGUCUGGAUGAGUGUCGACUCCCUCUGGACUUCCACAACAACGAGAUCCUGACUGAUGUUACCCAGUCAGUACCAGUGGAUGUGCUGCUGACAAACCUCAUCAGGGGGAAACUGCUUCCAUCUGCUCGUCUCUGGAUAACCACAAGACCUGCAGCAGCCAAUCAGAUCCCUCCUGAGUGUGUUGACAUGGUGACAGAGGUCAGAGGGUUCACUGACCCACAUAAGGUGGAGUACUUCAGGAAGAAAUUCACUGAUGAGGAUCAGGCCGACAGAAUCAUCUCCCACAUCAAAACAUCCAGAAGCCUCCUCAUCAUGUGCCACAUCCCGGUCUUCUGCUGGAUCACUGCUACAGUUCUGGAGGAUGAGUUGAAGACCAGAGAGGGAGGAGAGGUGCCUAGGACCCUGACUGAGAUGUACGUCCACUUCCUGAUGGUUCAGUCCAAACUGAAGAGCAUCAAGUAUGAUGGAGGGGCUGAGAUUGAUCCACACUGGAAUCCAGAGACCAGGAAGAUGAUCGAGUCUCUGGGUAAGCUGGCUUUUGAGCAGCUGCAGAAAGGGAACCUGAUCUUCUAUGAACCAGACCUGAUGGAGUGUGGCAUUGAUAUCAGAGCAGCCUCAGUGUACUCAGGAGUGUUCACACAGAUCUUUAUAGAAGACAGAGGAGUCUACCCAAACAAGGUGUUCAGCUUCAUCCAUCUGAGUGUUCAGGAGUUUCUGGCUGCUCUUCAUGUCCACCUGACCUUCAUCAAUACUGGAGUCAAUCUGAUGGCAGAAGAACAAACAACCUCACUGAUGUCAAGAAACUCUAGACCUGCAGAGACAAGUCUCUACCAAAACGCUGUGGACAAGGCCUUACAGAGUCCAAACGGACACCUGGACCUGUUCCUCCGCUUCCUCCUUGGUCUUUCACUAGAGACCAGUCAGAAUCUCCUACGAGGUCUGCUUUAUGAUACAGGAAGUUCAGUGCCAUCAGAAUCAGGAAGCAGCUCACAGACCAAAACAGAAACCGUCCAGUACAUCAAGACAAAACUCAGUGAGAAUCUGUCUGUAGAGAAAAGCAUCAAUCUGUUCCACUGUCUGAAUGAACUGAAAGAUUACUCCAUAGUGGAGGACAUCCAGUGGUCAUUGAGAUAUGGAAGUAUCUCCUCUGAUAAACUGUCUCCUGCUCAGUGGUCAGCUCUGGUCUUCAUCUUACUGUCAUCAGAAAAUGACCUGGAUGUGUUUGACCUGAAGAAAUACUCUGCUUCAGAGGAGGCUCUUCUGAAGCUACUGCCAGUGAUCAAAGCUUCCAAGAAAGCUGUGCUGAAUCAUUGUAUCCUCACAGAGAAAAGCUGUGAAGCUCUGUCCACAGUCCUCAGCUCUGAGUCCUGUUUUCUGAGGGAACUGGAUCUGAGCAACAAUGACCUGCAGGAUUCAGGAGUGAAAUUGCUGUCUAUUGGGCUGAAGAGUCAGCACUGCAGACUGGAAACUCUCAGUCUUUCAGGCUGUCUGAUCACAGAGGAAGGCUGUGUGUCUCUGAGCUCAGCUCUGAGCUCCUCUUGUCUACGAGAGCUGGACUUGAGCUACAAUCAUCCUGGAGAGCAAGGAGAAAAGCUCCUGUCAGCUCAAUUGAAGGAUCCUCAAUGCAGACUGGAGAUACUAAGGUUGGACUAUGGUGGACUGCACAGACUGAGACCUGGUCUGAAGAAGUAGAUUGGGCGUUUCCUCCUGCACUGGCUUUCACGGCUCCGGCACACCUGCAGCUCAUCACCGCAAUCACCACCCUGCACUUAAGCUCUGUUCUUCGUCUGCACCAGCGCCAGAUGAUUCCCACUCUCUCGGUGGUAUUGGCCAACUCUCUGAGCCUGGUGUUACUUUGAGUAAUUUUCUAGAGAUUGAUCUCCAUGUAACCUACCUGUGAUUAUUCCUGCCUUCUCCUCCAUUCUUUCCAGUGCCUCCACGAGCCGCCAGUACAGCCCAAUCUCUGCCACGCUGCUGCACUCUCACUCUGCACCUCCUCACCGCUCUUAUGACUGCACUAUCGACCUUCUGCCUGGAGCCUCACUCCCCUCUAGUCGCCUCUAUAAUCAAUUACGUCCGAGGGGGAAGCCAUGGAGACCUAAAUCAAAGACUCUCUAGCCACUGGUCUCAUUUGUCCUUCCUCCUCUCCACUGGGUGCGGGGUUUUUCUUUGUGAAAAAAAAAGGACUCCACCUUAAGUCCCUGCAUCUACUAUCAAGGUCUUAGUUAAAUCACAUUUAAAAACAAGGCACCGCUCCCCCUCAUCAACCCUUCAUUCAAGCCCCUCUGUCACGCCCACGUCUUCACUAAGCUGGAUCUACGCAACACCUACCACCUGAUCCGCAUCAGAGAGGGCAACGAGUGGAAAACCGCAUUCAACAACCCCUUUGGACACUUCGAGUAUCAGGUUAUGCCAUUCGGACUUACCAACGCCCCUGCAGUAUUCCAGACCCUUAUGAAUGACAUUCUUUGAGACCUGCUAAACCGCUUCAUCUUUGUUUACCUCAACGACAUUCUAAUCUUCUCCAGAGACCUCAACUAAUAUAGUCAUCACGUCCGCCUGGUCCUACAGCACCUCCUGGAGAACAGACUCUUUCAAACCAGAGAAAUCUGCGUUUCACGCCCCCUCCGUCAGUUUCCUGGGCUACGUCACUGCUCAAGGUCAGCUCCAACCAGACCCCUCAAAGAUACAGGCAGUGGCAGAAUGGUCCAUCCCUACCUCCCGUAAGGAACUCCAAUGUUUCCUGGGUUUUGCCAACUUCUAUCACCACUUCAUCCGAGGGGUUGGGGUUUUGUCCUUUCUGUUGUGUUAUUUGCUUGUGUCAUGAUGCUCUGUCUUAAUUUUGAUUCUGUUUAAAGUAAAAGCACUUUGUAAACCU